GGACGAUGGAGGCGGGCGGCGAGGCGCGGCCCGGGGUCGGGGUCUCCUCUCGCUUCCGCUGCGCGCUGCGAGCCCGCGGCCUGCAGGACAUCAGCGGCGACGGCGGCGUGCGCAAGGAGCUGCUGCGGCCCGGCACCGGGCAGCCCGUGCCGCCGGCUGCCACCGUGGCGGUGAAGUAUUCUGGGUAUCUGGAGCAUAUGGAUAAACCCUUCUGCACAAACUGCACCAAGAAGCUCCCGAGGCUGAUGAAGCUUGGAGAAGACAUUACGCUGGGGGGUCUGGAAAUUGGUGUGCUCACGAUGAAGAAGGGAGAGGUGGCAAGGUUUAUCUGCGCGCCGAGUUAUGCCUAUGGCCAGCAGGGCUGCCUUCCUCUGAUCCCCCCAAAUGCCACGGUCUUAUUUGAAGUGGAGUUGAUAGACUUCCUAGACUCUGCUGACUCCGACACGUUCUUUGCAUUGACAGCUGAGCAGCAGGAUGCAUUUCCGCUACAAAAGGUGUUGAAAGUGGCAGACGUGGAGAGGGAGUUUGGCAAUUAUCUAUUCCGUAAGCAGUGCUUUGAGGGUGCCAAAGACAGAUACAAAAGGGCGUACUCCAUCCUUGGUCGGAGUCCUUCCAGUGAGGCAGAGCUGUGUCAGAUUGAUGCUUCCAAGUUGCUGGUGCUCCUGAAUCUCUCAAUUACCUACCUGAAGCUGGAAUGUCCUGCCCGAGCUCUGAUGUAUGGGGAAAAAGCCUUGGAGAUUGACAAAAGAAAUGUCAAGGCGCUGUUCAGGUGUGGCCAGGCUUGUCUCUGCAUGACAGAAUACGAAAAAGCUCGGGACUUCCUGAUCAGAGCUCAGCAUAUCGAGCCGUUUAACCACGAUAUUAACAAUGAGCUGAAAAAACUGGCAAGCUGCUACAAGGACUACUUGGACAAGGAGAAAAAAAUGUGCUGCCGAAUGCUUGCUGCUCUCAACUCUUCCUCAUGACCAGGAAUAAAGGACUUCUCCAGCUGAUGAAAGGAAGGAACGGUCCUUGGAUGAAGAGGAGACCAACCCUUGGGCACAUGGAGAUUUUGGUGUUGGAUCUGUGUUUUGGGAGAAGCAUAAUGUGAAGGUUCUUCUGGUGUACAUACAACGUGGUUUUCCUGAAUUUGGUUUAUUUAGCACAUUCUAGGGCUGUUUCUAGAAGAACCAAGCCCUUUAUUCUUCCAUGAACAUUCCUUGAAUGUUCUUGACAUCCUACCUCUUGCAGAUUAUGGGCUGCUUUAAGGGAAUCUGAAAAUACAAGUAGGAUGCCAUGAAGUUUUGUAUUGCUUAUACAGAUUGUUCUUUAAAAGGUUAUGUUUAAUAUUGUUUUUGUUCUGAGAAAAUAAACCAAUCUGAGAAC